AGCUGGGGUCUCAUUUAUCAAACAUUGCGUAGAAUCCUUACUAAAACUGCACUUAAAGAGCAAGUCACAUCAAAAUCAACUUAUUUUAGCUUAUAACUAGUAUAAAUGAGUGUCUAAUAGUGUUGUAGACAUGUGUAGUUAUUAUUUUUACAUUUUGAUGCGUUUUCUUAGAAAAAUCUAAAUUCUGUCUGCUAACGUCAGUCUAGCACCAUCUUCAGCUCAAAAGUAUAGAACACGUUUAUUAUGAGUCGGUUUUAGCCAAUGGCUAACGAGAAAAGUACUACGUAGCAGCUCUGUGGCUGUAAGUUUGUUAUAAAAGCACCGCGGUCUCAACCAGCCUUGUAGCAGUCGGGGCUUGUAAGUGAGUUGUGCUGUAUGUAGAAGUCUUUAAUUGAUUAAAUGAAGACCUCAGAGCCACUUGUUGAUUUUCACAAGGCUUCUGUGUUACUUCCUUUAUUCUUUUCCCGCCUCGUCACACAUUCCUUUUUUCUCUCGCCAUCAGUCCCAAGAUGCCCCCUAGAGGCUCCAUCCUGAACACCUCUACACCUCCCCCUUUUAGCUUGAAAAACUCUACUUGUAAGAUAACCUUGUACUCAACACAACAGUAUCAUUCUAACAGAAACCUGACUUAUAGUCCAGUGUUUACAACCAAGCAUUUUCAACUCUUGUUUAACAAUAUAACCUAACAUAAACACCUUUGUUUUAGAAACAUCGCCCUUUUGUUUUUAAAUGUAGGGGUCAACUAAAAUGAGAAUAUUCACAAGUCCAGUCUCUCUGGUGGGCGGGAAACCCUUCCCGACCUGGUCACAGUGGUACCCGGGAGUCUCUGUGUCAGGUCUGACACCGGCUCCUCAGAGCAGGGCAGCUCUGUCUCAGGGAGUACAGUCAGGUGAGCCCUGUUUCUUCUAAAACUCCCUUGCUCGGUUUCCACUACAUAAGACCUUGGGGUUGAGGCCGGACCCUGGACCGUAGCAGUGGACUGUGAUGUUCUAAUCCACACUCUUUGGCCCAGAAUCAGAACUGGUAAGUCUUUGGCCUUAUGCCUCCUAUCGAACGAAUUCUUCUGCCUUUCCUUCAACUCUUUAUCCCUUUUCCUGAAGGCUCCAAGGUUCGGCCAGGCUGGAUUCAACGCUUGUGCUGUGGUGGGAACUGUGGACCUUAUCCGCCUCCCCAUCAGCAGUUGCACUGGACUCAGUCCAUGAGCUAACGGUGUAGUUCUUUAGGCUAAAAGAGCCCUCUGAGGGUCUGGACUUUUACUAAGCAUCUGUUUGACCGUCCUGACGGCACUCUCUGCUUCCCUGUUGCUCUGAGGGUAACGAGGGCUACUGGUCACAUGUCGGAAACCAUAGUCCUGGGCAAACAGACUAAAGUCAGAGGAAGCAAACUGCGGGCCAUUGUCCGUCACCAGGCAUUCCGGCACGCAGAAUCUUGCAAAGAUCACCUUCAGCCGCUCCACCGUUGUAGCUGUUGUGAGAAAUGGGAGGUUGGCUCUUUACUGGCCCCGGAGGAUCCAGGUUCGAGUCCGGGCAGCGAAAGUAGAGUAGAUGUCAUGUUAUUUUUUUCCUAUUUCCUGUGAUAUUAUUUUACAGUUGUGACCGUUCAACUGUCAUUAAACGUCCGAAUGUUUGCUGGGCAGUGUUUUAAAAAGUGCACAUAAGCUAGAUGGUUUUAACCAUAUACAAUUAUAUUUUUUGUGAUACUGGAAAAAUACAUACUGAAAUAAAACUACUGAUUGAAAACUUUAUGACUGUGGUUGUACAAUAUAUGAGUCACUAAUACACUGCAAAGGCCCUUAGAGUGGGGCUUCCAGAGAGAGAGAGAGAGAGAGAGAGUACAUACAAGCCCCCGAUGUUGUGUGGAACCAGCCCUUCAAAGCAAGCCUGCAUGCAUCUUAUGAAGAGUGGAUGUCUGGCGACACAAACAAGCAAUACACAAGUGGAGGGAACCUGAAAGCACCAUCUCGCCGUCUGCUUGUGGACUGGGUUCUUGCUGCUUGGGACAAGCUGGACACGGAGCUGGUCAUAAAGUCCUUCAAAGUGUGUGGCCAGUCUGUGAAACCCGACGGGAGUGAGGACCACCUCAUACUGUGCUUCAGAGACGGACAGAGAUGGAAGCUGAUGAAGAGCUGGAAACAAUGAUGCUUUCUUUGUCUCCAUCCAAGCUCCUUCCUCGUGACGGCUCAGAGGAGAAAACUGAACAGAAGACACGGGCUGCCUGUCCACCAGCUACUGCACGCCACCUGGCAUCAGCAGCAGCCUCACAACCAGACCAGUCUGAUGAUUGCAGCACCCCCCUCUCCUCUGCAUCAGGUCCUGCAUCUAUGGAGCCUCCACUACCAGUUCCUCCAGAGUUACUUGCCCUCAAAAUUCCAUCGAGGAAAACCACACCACCCUUAAGACUGGAGCCGGUAUCGGGCCUUGCACUCCUUCCAGGAACGCCUGCAGCAUCUUCAGCUUCCUCAGCAUCACCUGCAGCUUCUGGUCAGUCGGUGUUAGGCCACCCCACCACACCUGCUCCUCCUUCAGCAGUCUCUGCAGCGAGAGAUCCACCAGCUCAGUCUCAGAGACCUGCUGUCCCACCGAUGCCCAGCUACAAACAGGAUAUGAGCCGAUGGAACUGCUCUCACCAGCAAAGGAUUUGGAUGAAGACGGAGAUGGAAUCCCUGGGUCUGUGGCCUGGAUCUCGACCGGGGGAAUUCCUCAACCGCGACAGCCCUACUGACCACACCUGUAAGGUGGCAUGGAAAGUGGUCCUCUCAUCAGGCACCGUGUCAUCAUAUGCCGUCAUGAAUGAGAACUGGAUGAUCCUGUCCUGGGCGAUGCUGCAGUCUGAAUCAGACAAAUCGCUGGAGCCAGUGUACGAGGGGCUGUCCUGCCGUUACGUUUCUGCAGGACAGCCUAAAGCCACGCAUAAGUGGGUUGACAGAGAUUGCUGCGCUGCAUUCCGCAUCCCAAAUCCUGGACAUCAGGAACACCUGCUCUGGGAUUCUUGGAAGACCACGGAUGACAUAAUAGCCGAGGCAACUUCUGGGAAUCUCAACAACAGCUGUGCUUCUCGCCAAAGCUAUAACAGUAAAAUCAACAUUAAGCUGGAUUUAUUUCAUUGUAUGCGGCGUUUCACCAGAGAGUGCACAUCUGAACAUCACCCACUGCGCAGCGCUUUCUGCAAGUUUCUCUCUGCAGCCUUCUGUGUUGUUGACCAGACAGACCUGCGUCGACUGAGGCAAGCCUAUGUCUUCUGUGGCAUAAUAUAUAUCAGGCAGCACUGUCGUACCAAGAUCCCACAGCCCAGAGAGUUGCUGGUGAGAGUAGAGAGUGUUCUGCAGAAGUUCUUCUCAGAAAGUGACCCUGACGGAGUGCCGGUUUUUAAACCGAGCAUGCUGAAAGUGUGGAGGAUUCAGCGUGUCCACAUUCUCCGGGGCUGUCUGAGUGGUCCAGAGGUUGGUGAGGGGGUCCUCUACAGACAUGGUGGCAUGGUCCAACUUAACCAUGUGAAGGGGGAGGAGGCAGCUGUACCUGUCUGGAUCCCUGUGCGAGGCACCUCUCAGCAGGAGGGUUUUCAGUUUCAUCAGUCCAAGUGGGUCACGGGAACUCGGGUCUCCACAGAGCUUUUCCAGGUGCAGGGAAUGAUUGGAGUGGCUCUCUGGAAUUUUCAACAUCUUCUGGACCUGAAGCAGCCUGAUGUUCAGCUCCCUUUGGUUUUCGAUCCAGCUUCGGUGUCGGAGCUGAACAAACUUUCAGAGGAAGUCACGGGACAAGCCAAGCAUCCUGCCCUGCGUCUUUCCAAUGCAGACACUGGAGAACGGUUUGGACUGCAGUAUUUGGAGCCCGGCUGUCAACCCGUCCCUCUGGACUGGAAUAAGCCGAGGGCACAGAACACUCCAGCUUCUCCCACCUCAGAGCCAACCCCUCCCUUUGUGACAGCUACUGACCUACUUGAGGAGGUGAAGGUGGAGCUCUUUGCUCAGGACGACGCUGCUGGUGUAACUGCGCUCGGCACACAGACCACAGUCCAGCCCGGCCCAAACAAAGUACUACCACCACCACUGCCUUUGGCAGCCUGUCCUCGUGCUGCUCGCACAGGUCCCAUCAAAACUGGUGGUCUGCUGUUUGUCUUGGACCAUUCUCGGUGGACGCAGCCAAUGAGGGAAACCAUUGACCAGAUCGUGGCGAAGCAUCGUGGGCAAAAAGACUUUCUCACUAAAGUCGACGCAGAGUACGCCGUUCUGGUUCAAGCUGCAUCCAGAGACCCCAACAGCCUCCUGCAUCCCACCGCUAAACAGCAUCGCUCACGCUACAUAAAGCACCUGGCUACGAUGACAAACACAAGCUCAUCACUCAACACCAGUUCAGAGACACUUCUGGAGACCCAACGGCUGUGGCAUAACCUCACAGAAGGCAGUGAGACUGUUGCUGUUCCCGUGGUAACCAUUCCCCCUGCCACUGUCAACCCACCCAGAAUUAAGGCACAGGACCCCCCUCUGACAAAAACAGAAAUUGAGAAAAUGGUAAAAGACAUUGUCCAAAAGCACCAGGAACAACAACAACAACAACCUGCGAAAAAAAGAACAAGAAACUGUGUCGCAUGUGGCCAGCCGAAGUCACGUUUCAGGGGGGAUGGAUCCAGUGUUCACUUCUUUUAUCAGUCAGGAGAGGUUAAAUACUUUUAUUGCUCCGUUAAAGUCCACCAGACCUAUGCGCCAGAGGGUCUGACAGAUCCACGGAUGCCAUUUGUUGAUUUUGCAGACUCACCUUUUUUUAUGAGAGAGCUUGAGGCUGCAAAGCUGCGCUCCACAGAAACAAAGCAGGUUAUGGAGGAACGAAAAAAGAGGAAGGCAACAGAGGAGCAUCCCACUGGAAGGCUAUGCAGGUUCUGCCACAAGCCAAUCAAACAAGGCCGAGACAGUCCUCAUGUCCACACCGGGUUUCCUGGUGUAACAGGGAAAUACAUCUACUGUCCCAGUAAAGUCUUCUCUCUGUACAAAGCAGAAGGAAUGACGGAGGAAAUGACGUGGAGACAGUUCUGUCAGUCUUCCUUUUAUGAGACAGAAAAGAAAAGAUGGGCAGCAGAACAACAGAAGUGAUUGUUGAUCUGCUGGCCACAGCUUUGUGAUGUUUAAUACUGUAAAUAAGGUAAACAUGUUGUUAUUGUGCAAUACUGUUUUCUGAUGGUUAAUGAUGCAUGCCUGGAUGUUUACUCUUCUCAAGGUCCUUGUUUUAACCCUCCCACUGUCCUGACGGGUGACCCCUCGAGGAAAGUUGACCAUUGAGUAGGGUUGAUGGUUUAUCCCUUGGGUCCACGUGGCAGCGAUGAGGAGUGAGCACCACCUUACCCCUGCCAC